UACUCUUGUGUUUGUGGAAAAAAAGGCAGUCUUCGACUACCCUUUCUUUGCUGUCCUUCCUGUGCUUGGCGGUUUGCUGUUGGCUCAGUUUUCAUUUGUGAAACUGGUUCAUCAGUUCUUUUUGGAGAUGACUGAUUCCAUGAAAUUUGGGCCAGAAUGGCUUCGCAACAUGGGGCAAGAUGGCUGCACUGCUCCUCCUCCAAUGUCAGCACCCACGCCUCGGUAUCAACUUGCUGAACAUCGAUAUGGCCGUGAAGAAAUGUUGGCGCUUUUUGACAUGCAAGUGAAGGCCCCAGAUCCUUUGUCAACCUUCCCAGGUCUAUUCGUAGACAAAACACAGGUUCCAUUGGCUCUCAUCCAAAUGACGGAAGAAGAAACGCGCCAUUGGAAUCGUGGCAUUAACAGUGAUGCUGUGUUGCGAGCAACAGGGAAGCCCCCUUCUGUAACAUUAACUACUAGUAUUAGAGGUAGUAGGGGUGGAACUGUUGGGCCUGUUACUUUGGGUAGGGGCCGAGGACGUGGGGGCUUUACUACCUAUAACAGAGGUUUGAGCUAUGAAGAAGGUGGAGACUCCCCCACUGGCCCACCCCAUGGUCAUUUGGGUGCCCCACCUGGUGGGUACACCAGAGGAACACGUCCAUUUGACCGCUCUCAGAGUGACAGAAGCUGGAGCGAACGGAAUGGCCUGGAUACAAGUGCAGAAUGGACUGCUACAAGCCCAAGAAAAGACUUCAACGAUCGAACUUUAGGAGGGCCUUCACCUGGGAGGACCUUCACUACUGACAGUAACUGGCGACGAAGCCGGGCAGGAGAAGAGGAAGAUGGUUGGAGAGCAUCAGGGACAACACCUGAAAAGGGAAAAUGGGGUGGAGCAGGCGCCAGUGGGGCUGCUAGAACCACUAGCUGGAGAGAUGGAGACCGUGACCGGGAGAGGGAAGGGGAGCUUGCUGAAGGAAGAGGUGGUUAUAAUCGAGCUCAUCGGCCUUGGGACCAUUCUAGUAACUUACCUGAAUGGGCUGUUGAUGGAGCUGAUAAUAGCAGUGGCAGCUUUGAUGCACAGGGUGCCUUUCAUGGAGGGCAUACAUAUUCAGAUGAGGAGGAGAAUGGUGGAACUGUUAAUAAUAGUGUCCUUAGACGCACUCGACUUCUCUCUGAGGGUAACAGUUCUGGUCCUGGAAAAAGAGAUGGAAACUCAAAUGCCAAUCAUAGACGUGUAGUGGCAACUGAUCGAGCAUCUGCAGAAAGAGUUAGUGAGAAACUUACUCCAUAUUUGGACAAACAAAAUGAUGUCAGAGUGCCAUCUCCCUCUACACCACCUCGUAGUGAAGAAUUCAAAGAUCAAGAAUCAACACCAAUCAAACCUGUACAAAAUUCCAAGAGUGAUCCUGAUUUGAAAUCAAAGGAGUCUCCCAGCCCACAGGCAGCCCCACCAGCUAAGAGUAAACUCAAGACUCCUCCACAUCCUUCUGAACUUCCAAACCCAUUGACUACUUCAGCAUCCAUGCCAGCCAUCAGUGUGCCAAAUAACAUUCAUCAAGAAAAUCAUGUAGACACAAGACAACACAUUCUCCGAGAACACAAGUCCGAAGAUGCAAUGGAGAGGAUGGGGGUAGUCGCCCAUGAUCUUGUUGCCAAGUUAAUGGAAGAAGAGGAAGGCCCAAUUCGUGAUGACUUGGGUCACCAUCACCAUCACUCUCAUAUGGGAACUCAUGUGCGGGAACCAGAAAAGUGGUUUUACAGAGACCCGCAAGGCCAAGUUCAAGGACCGUUUUCUUCCGAAGAAAUGGCCGAGUGGUUUAGACUGGGUUACUUCAACCUGAAUUUGCUUGUCAGGCGUGCCAAGGAUGAGAGAUUUUCUCAACUUCAGGAUCUGAUUAAAGUGUUUGGUGGGAUUCCCUUCAUGACAGAGGCAAAUGUGCCUCCUGUUAAGGGGGCAGAUCCUCUUUUGAUGGGGAACCCAGGUGUUGGAAUACCUAUGGGCCCUGGUAUGCCUAAAAUGCCAAUGGUUGGAAUUCCCGGAAUGCAAGGAAUUCCUGGAGUACCUGGAGUUGCUGGUGUACCUGGCGUCCCAGGUAUCCCUGGGGAACCAGACAUUAUGAUGAUGCAGCAUCAGUAUCAAGUACUACAGCAGCAAAUGUUCUUAAGACAACAAUCUCAGGCUGCUGCUGCAGCUGCUGUGAGCAAGCUUCAACAAACAGAAGGCUGGAACACACUUUCUCCUAUCCAACAACAGGAGCUUGUGUCUCAGCACAUUCAAAUGAAUGCACAUAUGGCUACUAUGGAUGCUGGCCCUCCAAUUCUGCCCAAUGCUUCUGCUCCAAGUUCUGUCAUGGCUCUAAUGUCACAGUUCCAACAGAAAUCACAGCAACAGCAGCAACCACGUAUGCCGCAGGCCAAAGAUGUUCCUGGACCACAGCCAGGCCAACCUCUAGACCCAUUGCAGCAAUUGAUUCAGCAAAUGGGUGGAUUGUCAUCAAGGCUAUCACCCCCACCCUCUCCAGCCCAGGCACAACAACCUUCUAAUGAUCAACUGCCAUCAGAUCCUAUUCAAAGCUUGCUUAGGCAAUUAAAUCAGCAACAACAACAACAACAGCAGCAGCAACAUCAGCAAGUAGCUCAUCAUCAAGCUGCUGGGGACUCUUUGUGGGGAAGUCCUCUUCCUGUAUACAACCAUGGAAGUUGGCUUGGAGGUGUGCGGCCUCCUCUAGUUGGAGGCUCGGUGCCACCUUCAGGACCCAUGCUUCCGCCAUCUACUGCCUCACUCUGGGGCGAUCUUAAUACUAAGGAGAUGAAGACUGAAAAACAAAUUUUGGAAGAGCAAAUGCUUAUUGAAGAGGAUAGGAAGAAGCAACAAGAACUCCUGAGAAAACAAGAAGAAGAAGAACAGCGCCGUCGUGAAGAAGAGAUUAGGGCAAGACAGGAAGCUGAAGAAGCAAAUGCACUCGCAGUUGCAGCUGAAGCUGAAAAACAGAAAAAGAAAGCAGAGGAAGCCAAACGAAAAGAAGAAGAAGCAAGACGAAAGGAAGACCAACGGAAAGCGGAAGAAGAUCGGAAGAAGCAGGAGGAAGCAAAACGGCAAGAGAUAGCAAGGAAGAAAGAGGAAGACAAAAAGAAGAAAGAAGAAGACAAGAGACGAAAAGAAGAAGAGAAAGAGAGAAAGCGACGAGAGGAAGAGGAGAAGAAAAGGCAAGAGGAGGAAAGACAACAAAGAGCAAGAGAAGCAGAAGAACAAGCCAAAAGAACUGAACAGCAACGUCAACAAGCAGAGGCACUUCGCAAGAUGCAGGAGCAGCAGCAGAAGCAAGCUCAGGCAGCUGCAGCAAUUAAAACCGCUAAGGUUGCUCCAUGGAGUCAACCUCAGGCUGCCAAACUCAAUUCUCAACCUGCUAGCCUUAGUCUUGCAGAGAUACAACGCAAUCAAAAACGAGAAAAGGAAGAACAGCUACGAGAGCAACAAUUAAUUCUUCAACAAAUUCAGCAACAAAAUCAUCAGAACCAGCUUUCUGCCAUGCUUGCAUCCUCACUGGCUGCUGCUGAAAAUCAGGCGCAACCUGCUCAAAUGCAAUUAAAAUGGGCGGAAAGGAAGGCACCACCAUUACCAGAGGCAAAGACCAUGGAACAAAUUCAAAGGGAAGAGCAAGAAAGAAUUGCAAAGCAACUGGAACGAGAUCGGGCAGAGAGAGCUGAACGAGCUGCUGCUGCUCGAGAUGUUCCUGCUCCCUCAGUUGGCAUCUGGGGCUCUGCGCCUCAAAGUCUUACUUGGGGAAAUACCAGUUCUGGACCAGGAUUCUGGGAUGAAGUUGCCAGUCCUGCUGUGUCUCCAGUAAAACCAGCUGCCCAAGCCAUGAAAAAAGGAACACCUGUCAAAAGUGCCAGCGCAUCGAAUGUCCCGGCCUCUGCUCAACAAGGUGCUAAGUCUGCCAAUAAUUCAGCCAAGAAGAAGAAAGAAGAAGCCACUGUUCUUAAACUGUUUGAGCAGACUGUUCAGCGUACUGAUGAGUUUAGUCAGUGGUGCCACAAAGCUCUUGCCUCUUUGCAGCCCUCUGUUGAUAUUCCCACCUUCGUGGGUUUCCUCAGAGAUAUUGAAUCUCCCUAUGAAGUCAAGGACUAUGUUCGUCAGUAUCUUGGUGAAGGAGAAGGUUCCAACGAUUUUGCGCGUCAAUUUCUUGAAAGGCGAAGCAAGUGGCGCAGUGAGAGACGAAGCAAGCCUGCUGCGGAUGACAUGUGUGCUCCUGCACCUGCUGUUAAUCCAGUGUCACAACAAGCAAGUCAUGACUUCCAGGAAGUUAAGGGCAAAGGCAAAAAAACCAAGAAGGGUAAAAUGUUCAAAGUUGACCAGAGUAUUCUUGGCUUCAGUGUCACUGCAGCUCCAGACCGCAUAAAUGUUGGAGACAGAGAUUAUGGCGAGGGCAUCUAAAAUUAGCUUCUCAAAUUGUGAUAUAUCACAUCUCUUGACUAUCUUCCUAAUUUUUGUUUCUUUUUUGAUAGUGUUUUCCCUGGCAGGUGAACAUAAGACAACUUCCCUGUCUCUUUAAAAAUCAAGCUAUUUACAACAUUAAUUUUUUUGGUAAAUUAUGGACCUUUUCUUAUUGUUGUUUGAAUUUGUUAAAUACACUGUAUUGCCUGUUGGGACUUAACUCUUUGACCAAAUAUGUUUGCUGCAGAACAAUGCAGAGAAUUUUCAAAACUGAAGAAAUUGUGGAAAUGAUUGUAGAAUGUUUUUUUCUUUUGACCAAGGUCUUGAAUGCUGUCAGUUCAGGAACCUUCUUUUCUUACCUGAAGUAUUUGUAGUAAUGGUAUGAAUAGGUUCCCCUGUCGACAAUGUGCUAAGACAGAUUAACAUUUUCUUAGUACGUUACCAUACAGUAUUCGACCAACCUGUCUGAAUCAAAGUGUGUGCAGGGUAAUGUGAAUGAAAGGUUUGUUUCAUAUCAAAUUAGGUAUGGAAGUAUGUAAUUCAACUCAUGAAAUCUACGUCAAAUAAGUUAAAUAUGAUUACAAAAGUGAUAAACCUUCUCUAAUGGGGUUGUUUCAAGAAGGUGUUGUUUAAUUAUCUCCCGGAAGCAUUUUGAUUUAUCUUUGAUUUAUACUGUGUGUUUUGGCUACAGCCAUAAAUAUUCUGUUGAUUAGUGCAAUGAUGAUGAAAAAAAAUUUCCUCUUGGUAUCUUUAAUCUCAUUUUUAAGUCUUAUUUUCCAUGCUAGCCAUUGAAUAUCCGAACAAAGUUUUAUUAGUGUUGUUAUAAUCAUGAUCCGCACAUGGUAAUGUUCCAUUACACACUGAAAUUUAAUUGUCUGGAAGAAUUGUCCCUAUAUUUGUUAUCUGUUGAGGUGAAAGAAGAAUUUGAAAAAUCUGAAUUUUAGGAAGUACAGGGUGUUUAAUGAAACCAAAUUAAGAAAGUCUAUUGCUGCAUCUCCUCCGAUGCUUUUUAACAUUUUUAAACUCUGCUUUUAACUAUUGCCUUUCUAAUAUCUGCACCUCAUACAUUUCAAAUGACAAUUUCUUCUGCUGUAAAAGACCCUUGUGCUAAUGUGAUUUAUGAGCAUGUAUUUAUAGUUUUCAUCAUUUCUCUGCAUUUUUCAUUCUUUUUAUAUAAAUUCAGUGUUUCUGGAGAGCUGCUUUCCUAUUCCUUUAACAUUCUUAUUAAAUACUUUUGGUGCAGCAUUCUGUGUUGUGUGAUAUAUUUGGAUUGCUGACACCUUUUUUUUUUUUUUCCUGUUCCUUUAUUUUUUCUUGUGUGAAGGCAGUACAGGUGCUUUCUGGUGUGCCAGCUUGACAUCUUCAUCUAACUUUAAAUUGCCUGCAAACAUUGUUUUGUCUAUUUUUGUGACUUAUUUAUUUUUCCUAUGUGGAGGAGGAAGUGUAGUUGUUUAAACAGUGAUGAAGGUACCGUUGGUGCAAAUACUUUUGACAGUUCUGUAGCUCAAUCUAUGAAUCUUUUCAUCAUAUUUUCAUUUCUGGUCCAAUUAUGAGAAAAAAAGUCAUCAUGAAGAAGAUUGAGAAAGAUUUGAGCAUCAGUUUUGUAUUCUUCAUUAUUGCUUAGGCAUUGAUUGGGUGUAUGAAUGAUUUUGUACUUGAUUUGAACUCGACCUUGCCUGAAUAAUGUUAUUGUUCCUACGGAACAGGAUAGCCUGAAAAUUAGGACAUUUUGGGUAGUUAUACUCUAAAUUCAAUGCAACAUGAUGCAUUGUUAAAAACUUAUUGUGAUUCUGUUAUUCAGUUGUUUACACUGAAGCUGUUUGGGGGCUCUUUUUCUCCUGUCUUAUCCCACCCUUAGCUUACCAGCAAAGCAUGGAAUUGCUGGUAAUUUUAGAAUCAAAAUAUAAUGAUGCAUUGUCUUGCAUUUAUGAAUCGUCAAAGCCUUUGCACUUAGUAAGUAGAGCAUGAUUUUUCAUAUAAAAAUAAUUUCCUCAUGAUUGAGGAUGGAACUGCCUACCAUGUAGAUAUGUAUGUCUUUUUUGUGGGAUGUUACGUUGAAGCUGAAAAGAAUGUAUUUUUUAUUUGUAAAUACAAUAGUACUUUACUGUGUGAUAGAGGAGGUAUGAGAAAAUGCGGACAUGUCUUGUUGAUAAUAAUAAAUUUGUUAUUUUUGACCCUUUAUUAUGAGAGUUUUAAUGUAAGAGGAAAACAUGGAUUAUGUUAUAACGCUCGCCUGUACCUGAUGGACUCAUUGGCGAUAGUGAUCUUAUGCCUUACAGUCCAUGUUCCUUUGAAAGUGGUACUAGCAGUUAAUGCUUACCAACCUCAUAUUUCAGUAUUUUCUGAAACUGGUGACUGUGAGGCAUGUACUUGAACUUGGAUGCAAUAAAUGUAGUCUUUGUACAUUA